AUGGCAAGGCGGUUGCGGGAAGAGACAGGAAAUCAGAAACUGCGACCGAGGCUGGACGCGGAUUUGGGGAAGCCAUCGACGCAGCGCCUCCUCACGGCCAUGGUCCUCCCGCUCAAGAUGCUCCUCUCGCCGAACAUCUCGGUCAUUUCCUUUCUAACCGCCGUAGGCUACGGCUUCAUGUACAUCCUGUACACAACCUUCCCGCAAACAUUCCUUUGCAUUUAUGCCUGGGAACCGAAGAACAUUGGGCUCGCCUAUCUCGGAACCGCAGUCGGCAAUCUCCUCGGUAUGAUUUUGGGAGGUGGUAUCAGCGAUGCUAUCGUGAAGAGAAGGGCCAAGAAUCGGCAGGCGAAACCGGAGAAUAGACUGAUUCCUAUGAUCUUCUUUUGGCCGCUAUUGUUCUGCGGCACCUACAUCGCCGCCGCAUACACCACGCAUUCGGCCUCCGAAAUGGCGGCUACAUGCGUGCUACGAUCGCUUGUCGGCGGACUAGUUCCGCUCUUCUCGAAUAAGCUGUACAGCAGAUUCGAUGUGGGAUGGGCGUUUUCAUUGCUUACAUUGAUUGCGUUGGCAUUGGCUCCAGUGCCUUUUCUGUUCUACUGGUACGGUGAGCGGCUGAGAGAGAAGUUCGACCGCUCUUUCCUGGGGAGGUGA